AAAAUAACUUUUGUUACUAUCAUAACCGCAAAAUUUGACAGCAAUGUAUCGUGAUUUAUAAAUUUUACUUCUUGGUAUUUGCAAAUUUUUGGUGUUAUAAGCAACACAUUUAGUAGUAUAUAAGUUUGAUUCAAUAUACAUCACAGAUUCCAGUUUUAAAAGAUUAUGGAGUCUUCUUUGGAUCCAAAAAAGCAGUGUCUUAUAUUAAAUGUAGUAAAUUUUCUGCAAGAUGAACUAGUUAAUGGAAAUUUAAAUGAUGAACGAAAGGAGUCCGUUGAGGUUGCAAUACAGUGCCUUGAAACAGCUUUCGAAAUUGACAAUGAUACGAAAACAAAGUUAGCAUCGGAAAAAUUAGAUCUACUAUCUUUUAUUAAGAUAACACCAAAGGUAGAAAUUACCGAAGAACAGAAAACCGAAGCGGAAUUGUGCAAAACAAGGGGCAAUACUCACAUGAAAAGUUCGUUGUACAAUGAAGCUGUGGCCGAAUAUACAGAGGCCAUUCGAUUGAAUCCGGUGAAUGCAGUUUACUACUGCAACCGUGCAGCAGCUUACAGCAGAUUAGAAAAACAUUUAGAAGCAAUAAAUGAUUGUAAAGAAGCAAUAAAACUAGAUCCUGCCUAUGGCAAAGCCUAUGGUCGUCUUGGUAUCGCAUAUUCAAAUCUGAAUAAAUAUGAGGACGCCCGCAAAGCCUACCUGACGGCUUUAAAGUAUGAUCCAGGGAACACCAUGAUUGAAACCAAUUUGAAAUUAGUUGAAGAAAGAUUGUUUGCAAAUAUGGAAAGUGCAGCACCACCAGAACAUCGACCCUUAGACAUUUCCCAAUUUAUCAACAACCCGAACGUGAUCAACAUGGCUACGCAAAUGUUAAGUGAUCGCAGUUUCAAUAGCAUGUUGAUGCAAAUCAUGUCUUUGGCCGAGUCUGAUCCACAGUUUAAUGCCUUAUUUCAAGUUGGGCAAACAAUGGCGCAGAGAAUGCAAACUGCGGAUCCUGAUAUUGUGGAACGUUUGCGGAGAUCCCUAGACCCCCAAAAUCAGACAUCAGGUGGCUCGCCUGGUGGGGCAAACAGUGAUUCUAAUCCACCAAAAUCUAACGAAAGCGAUAAAAAAACAGAGUGAUAGACUAAUUAUUUAUUGAUUGACCUUUUAUUAUCUACAAAAUGUUAUGGUUUUUAUUGUAAUUCUCUUUUUUUUUUUUUUCAUGGUUACAUAGAUCUUUAUAUAUAUUAAGUUAUAUGAUAAUCAACAAUCACUUAUUAAUUUUACGAUAUUAAAGUUUUAUGGGGAAAAUCUA